AUGAAAUCUAGCAUUGUGUCUAGCUACAAACGACCCCGACAUGAAUCCCACGAAUUCUCCUCUGAUAUCAACAUCCAUAGUAUGAAACCAAUCACACUGUCCGGAGAAACAAACUUGAAUCUGAAGAAUUUCAAGGCUUUAGGACAUGUAAUCUAUGCUGGGGAUAAAUACGGACUAGCCACCAUCUCUAAAUAUUCACCAUCUGAGCCAAGAGGAAAGAUCACAGUGAAUUUGUUCCAUCCAUCCAGAGAAAUCGGUAUCGUUGUAGACGGCAAGAAAAGUGGAACCAAAUAUUCUGGUAGUCUUGAAACCAAAUGGGAUGCUGCCAAGGACAAGUCUCGUAGACAAAUCAUUGCUGAUGUAACAUUUGGUCAAAAUCUGAACGAUAUUACUACAGCUUUGAGUCUUAUCACACCGUUUGAGAUGAUGCCAAGAAUUACUGCUGAUAUUGCCUACACCAACGAUCCCAGCAAAUACAGCUCAGUGAACACUUUGACUUGGGGCAAGAGUGGUGAACAGAUCUCAUCCUCCCUCUCCCUGAAAAAACCUGUUUCACUCAGUAACAUUGAUCUCAGUAUGAAGGCUUCCACACCAUUUAGAGGACUAAAACGACUCCAAGCUGAAAUUGCCCACACAAUAGCCGAUGAAAUCAAAACAAUUGUUAAAGGAUCUAUUGGAAGUACCAAUGCCCAAUUGGAAGUUUCUGGUGCCGACAGGGGAACUUACUACAAAACUGACAUGUCUUCCGGUAUGACCUGGAAAUCCAACAUCCCAGAAUUUGAAGACAUCUCCAUU